ACAGAAUAAACUUUUUUAGCUUACCGAAUUUAAUAAACGGAAAAUCUUAAAUGGAUAAAUUGAACAAUACGAUUUUAACAAAAUGGAAAAAUGAAACAACGCAAUGCCCAGGAGUCGCACCUUUAUCUUCAACUGCAUUAAUUAUCCACAUUGUCAUAAUCAUUAUAAUUCAACUCACCAUUACCCUAACAAAUGGACUAUUCCUAAUCAUACUAUGUGACAAGAAAACGAAGUUGUCACCUACUGGAAUUCUCGUGCUGUGUCUCACAAUCGCAGAUUUGAUAUCCGGCUUUGUGGUAUUACCAAUGAUAACCUACAUCCGGCUCGUUACUCCACUGUACGCACAAUUGGGAAUACAGGAGGACUCAAAAGAAACACAGAGGCCUACGUGUUUCGUGUUUUUGUUAUUAGGGUUUAUACCAUACAUUGUGUCAUUCUUCAUCAUGGCAGCCAUUGCAUUUGAGC